GAAAACCAUAUGGAGGGAGCCUGCUCUUCUCUUGUUAUCGAGUCCCCUCAUCUCCAUCACCAACCAUCGCCACCAUUGCCAAUACACCACCAUGAAGAAGAUAUUCUGUGUAGCACUUGUCUCAAGCCUUCUUCUAGUCACUUUUGCAGGUGCUUCGUCUUCCCUUACUUCCUCCCUCAGCAGGCCGCAAGAAAAAGUUCUAGGUCGCAAAGGCAGAGAACUUGACCAGUUAGGAUACCAUUACCAGCAUGAAGGCAAGCACAUGCAGCAGACUGAGGGUGUGGCUAUGGAAGUGAAGAAACCUGCGGAGACGAAGGCUGGCUGGACGGAUCAGGGCGAGGACGCCAAGGAAGGACUGAUCUACAGCGCGGACUACAGCGGGGUGGCCAUGCAUGCGGGCUCUUCGCCGAGGCACAAGAACUCCAAACCAUAGGAAUUCUGUUCACGUAUAACCCUUAUCUAGUUAUCUGUUCUUAAUUUUGUGUCUUUUAUCAAUGAAUUGUACCUCUGCUUCCCGUCUUUCUAAAAUAGGCUCUGCUACUUCUAUU